GAAUGUGAGGCCAGUAGCAGAAAACCUUAAGGAAGAAGGCAGCUAAGAGCUGAAGAGAGGGAUGCACUAAACCGUAGAAACAGAUGCAAGGGAAGUUUUAAUUUUGUAUAACACUGGAAGAAUACCUUCGAAAAUAUGUUGGGACAUCUUCGUGCCGUAAUAGGAAAGGCAACUUCUGUAGGGCCCCUCGGCCUUGCACCUCUCAAGUACAACCUAACCUGCACGAACCUUCAACAAACGCGAAAUGCAGUAACUGGGUUUAACUCUCACAAUGUGGACCAGCUCUGGAAAAGCAUUACACUCGUCAGCAAGCAAGGGCAGCGGCGUGGACGUGGCAAGAAAACCAAUUCGCGGCUCAUCAAGGAUCUGUACAAGGAUCAAGUUAUGGGUGACGGUAAAGUGAAGAUGGUUUGGCCUGGUCUCAACUCCAGUGUCAUGAGAGGGAGGCAAGUUGUGCAGCAAGAGAGAUUGGAAACGCCUGUGCAAGACCCCAAUGAAGCCGUGAAAGAAGCUAAGGAAACCAAACAAGGUCGUCGCAGACUGCAUCCUCUCGACAGAGGUUAUACUAGUGCGACCAUCUGUGGACGGGACCUAAAAAACACCACAUCCCUUAAAUUUCUUGAUCAAUUUGACUAUCGAGUCAUAGACACUAGAUUUGUAUCCCAUAUGACAGGAAUGUUUGGAAGGUAUCAACGAGCAGCAAUUGUAGUUGUAUGUGGAAACGGCAAUGGGGUUAUUGGUAUAGGUUCAGGCAAGUCAAUGAACAAAAUGCAUGCAGUUCAGCAAGCUUCGAACAGAGCAGUGGUCAGACUUCUCUAUAUUGAGCGUUGCAACAAUCAUACGGUUUUGCAUGACUUCUUCACUCAGUUCUAUGCAACCAAAAUUUUUGUGGAGAAGAAACCAGAAGGUUAUGGUCUUGACUGUCAUCGUGUAAUUAAAAUCAUUUGCAAACUAGUUGGCAUAAAGGACAUCAAGGCUAGGGUUGAAGGAUCUACAAUGCCAAUGAACAUUGCUAAAGCAUUUAUACUGGGUCUUGUUCGUCAGAAGAAGUACGAAGAAUUUGCGGAAGAGAAGAAAUUGCAUGUUGUUGAGUUUGAUCCUAAGCAGCGCAACUUUCCCAAGGUUCUUGCUUCCCCCUCAAUUUGCCGCAAGGGCUCUGAAAUUCCUACCUCUGAAAGUUUAGAUUUCAAACAGCAUUCUCUCCAAGGUAGAGUCAAGUAUGAUAAGCCAAAGGCAGAACCUUUUUUCACUAGACUCAUCGGCUGGAAUAUUCAUCUUAAAAAAGAGGAGAAGCGCCGUGGAGCUAGAGAAAAUUUGUAUGAACUUAUAGCCAAAUAUGGUGAGUCAAGAAGUUUCCUUGCAGAGAAGUAUCCAGAGGCAAGACUGUAUAAUAAAAUCUAUCCUAAAAAUUCUUAACUUCACUAAAUGGCUGUACUGGUAAAUCUAAAUAAAUGUUUUGAUACAGUCAGAAUUAUUGUUAUUAUUUAUGUAUGCUUCAAUGAAAGUGUUUUUUGUAUGGCAAGAUCUUUAGAUAAGUAAAAGUGUAUUUUCCAUA